AGUUUACUCUAUAUAUAAACUAUAUAUAUUGAAGUAUAAGCAAAGUUGAUUUACAGAAAGAAAGAUUCCCUCCUUGUUCCAUUAUGAAAUUGCUGUCACUCACCAUUUUUCUCUUCAUCUUUCUUGUUUCUGCUUCUGCUCUUCUUCUUGAAGCCUUCAACAAUGGCGGUGGACGAUUCAAACUGGAAGAAAAAGAAGAUUCCCAUAUCAAAAGAUCCGAUUUUCCACCUGGGUUUCUCUUUGGAACCGCCACCUCUGCUUAUCAAAUUGAAGGAGCCUAUCUUGAAGAUUCUAAAUCCCUCAGCAACUGGGAUGUAUUUUGUCAUUCCGUAGGUUGUGCGGAAAAUGGAGAAAACGGAGAUAUUGCAGAUGAUCAUUAUCAUCGAUUUUUGGAAGACAUUGAUUUGAUGCAUUCCCUUGGUGUAAAAGCAUACAGAUUUUCGAUUUCGUGGGCUAGAAUUCUUCCAAAAGGAAGGUUUGGUGAAGUUAAUCCUGCUGGGAUCAUGUUCUAUAACAAGAUAAUAGACAAUCUGACCCUCAAAGGAAUCGAGCCAUUUGUGACACUUUUCCAUAAUGAUUUUCCUCAAGAACUUGAAGAAAGAUAUGGGUCCUGGCUAAACCCGGAAAUUAAGGAAGAUUUUGUACAUAUGGCAGAAGUUUGUUUCAAGUCGUUUGGAGACCGAGUGAAGUAUUGGAUCACAAUCAACGAACCUAACGUAUUCGUGGAAUUUGCUUACAAAACGGGCCGUUUUCCUCCUUCUCGUUGUUCCGAGCCUUUUGGCAACUGUCUUGCUGGAAAUUCAGAUGUGGAGCCACUCAUUGCUAUGCACAACAUGUUACUAGCCCACGGCAUGGCAGCCAAGCUAUAUCAUGAAAAGUUCCAGCCGAAACAAGGAGGAUCGAUAGGGCUCGUUGUACAUUGUUUCAUGUAUGAACCGCUAACGGAUAGUGAGCUUGAUCGCAAUGCUGCCAAAAGGGCCCUUGCUUUCAAUAUCGGCUGGUCAUUUGAUCCUGUAAUAUUUGGAGAUUAUCCCGAAGAAAUGCAUGAAUACCUCGGAAGUGAAUUACCAAAUUUCUCCCUUGACGAAAAGAGGUUUAUGAAGAACAGUAUUGAUUUCAUCGGCAUCAAUCAUUACUCGACUAAAUAUGCAAAGGAUUGUACCAACUCUAGUUGCUCUCCAACCGCCAACCAUGCAAUCCAAGGUUUUCUCGAGCUGGUUGGAGAGCGUGAUGGUGUGCCCAUCGGCGAACCGACCGCGAUAGAAGGAUUAUCGGUUGUUCCUAGUGGCAUGGGGAAGAUUGUUGACUAUAUCAAGAUUCAGUACAAUAAUAAACCCAUGUUUAUUACCGAAAAUGGGUAUUCUUCCCCCGACGUGCACGAGGAACGAGUCGGUGUGCUUCUGAAUGACAUCAAACGAGUUGAAUAUCAUACCGCAUACCUUGCUUCUUUAGCCAAGUCUAUCAGAGGGGGAGCGGAUGUACGUGGAUACUUCGUAUGGUCGUUGCUGGAUAACUACGAAUGGUUAUACGGUUACUUCGUGAGGUUCGGGUUACACUACGUUGACCGUCAAACGCUAACUCGGGUACCGAAACUUUCUGCAAAAUGGUAUAGGAAUUUGUUAACGGGCCCUUUACCAAAAACUUACCCGAUAAGUGCUUACCGAUAAAAUUCAACACUAUUACUUACUUACCAGGUAAGAUUUUAGUCCACCAAAACCGCACCGUAUGCAAUAAUUUACCCGAUAAGCUCUUACCGUGGUAAGAGUCGUCGUCUUCACUUACCGGGUAAAACUCUUGUUCUUUGUCUCGCUUUUACCGGAUAAGAUUCUUGAUCCUUGCCAUAUUCAUCCAGUAAGGUAUCAAUAAAAUAUUUUAUGCAAGAAAUAAUUGUUCUUCUUUCUUGUUA